CACCCCCACCCCCCGCCUCCUCUUGUGUUGACACUAGACUCAGCUGGUGACGCCCACACGGUACCUAACCGUCUUAUCUGACGCCGACUAGCCAAUUAGCCCCCAGGGACGCGUUGUUGUAGAUCGCCUGUCCAUCGCUUGUCGCACCAGUCCUGUAAAUCAGAUGUCCGUCAACUGACCGACCAGUCCUGCAGAUCAGAUGUCCAUCGCUUGAUCGACGUGCACCCUACAUCGCCUGGUCCUGUCUAUCGCUUGUCGUGCAACGACAACAAUUGGAUCGGCUCACACACACCAAGAUCGUCGUGUCUGUUUGUUUGUGGGUGGGUGGGUGUGUACGUGUAUAACUUGGAGCAAUACAUAAAUGACCGCUGGUACAGAGAACACUCAGUGACCGCUGGUAUAGAGAACACUCAGUGACCGCUGGUACAGAGAACACUCAGUGACCGCUGGUACAGAGAACACUCAGGGACCGCUGGUGCCGAAACGACAUUGUGAGAUUCUGUCUGUGUCCAGUGACUGAGACUGUGUGCGCGUCACUGGCAUUCUGUAUCCAGUCUUUGGCUUACCCGCGGUACUACUUCGUCGCGUCUUCUGUCUUGUGUGAUCACCUCACUGACGUCAUCAGAGUGAGCAGUGAGCCCGGGGUUGUGACGUCACCAUGGGCAAAGUGACCACGGGCGCCAGCAUGAAGAGGAAACAGGAGGGAGCGGAGGAUACGGUGCCCGUCACUCAGGAUGGAAACCACCGACAAAGAGACGGCCCAUGCGGCAAGAAGUGUUUUGUGGUCACCGCAGUCGCCCUGUUCUUGUUCCUCACGUUCGUGGCACUGCCUGCGG